AUGGCGCUGCGAGCGGCGCUGAGCGUGCGGGCCGCGGCCUGCAGCCUUCGCGCCUCCUGGACGCCCGCCGCGCCGUGCUGGCCGCGGCCCUGGGGGCUGCGCGCGGGCGCCGUCCGGACGCUGCGCACCGGCGCCGCUCAGCUCUCGGUGCGUAAAUUCACAGACAAACAUGAAUGGAUAACAACAGAAAAUGGUAUUGGAACAGUGGGAAUCAGCAAUUUUGCACAGGAAGCUUUGGGAGAUGUUGUUUACUGUAGUCUGCCUGAAGUUGGGACAAAAUUGAACAAACAAGAGGAGUUUGGUGCUUUGGAAAGUGUGAAAGCUGCUAGUGAACUCUAUUCUCCUCUGUCCGGAGAAGUAACUGAAAUUAAUGAAGCUCUUGCAGAAAAUCCAGGACUUGUGAAUAAAUCAUGUUAUGAAGAUGGUUGGCUGAUCAAGAUGACACUAAGUAACCCUUCAGAACUAGAUGAACUAAUGAGUGAAGAAGCAUAUGAGAAAUACGUAAGAUCUAUUGAGGAGUGAAAAUGGAACCCCCUAAAUAAACUAGUAUAAACCAACUUAAUCUAGCAUAGUUGUCUUAAAUUAGUGGAUAGAUGAUUUAAAAUAGCAACUUUUAGUAAUACCACUGGAAAAAUAAACUACUUGCAACAAUGAUACUGGAAGAAUAUAACUUUCUAAUGAAUACAGAUGAACACAAUAUGCAUCUUUUUCACAACACAUUAUUUUUAGAAUAGGCUCCAGUUAUAUUCAAAAUUCUUGAAAAUACCUGGUUGAAACUAGUUAUAAAAUUUAUGUAAUUUCAAGACAGCAUUUUUAUGUUAAGCCUUAUAUAAUAAUGUAACUUGCUUACAUCCAUUACUGGAUUUGGGUCAAAAUACUUAAUGAUCUGUUCAUUGGAAUAAAUGACAGUGGAGAAAAGGGUUUUUUUCCUCCACUGUCUUACAGCAUCAGAUAAAAAAUACUAUCAUAAUUUUGCAAUAUACUGCAUUUGCUGGUGCUAUUUUUAUACAGUAAAGUGACAGCCUUGAAGGAAAAUCAGAAACAGUUUAAUAAUAAAAUACUCAAUUUCAUUAUUUUUUUUCACUGUUAGUAUUUCAUUUAGUGACUCUGCUAGUAUCUGAAAAUGUUAAUUUUCACUUAUGGAAAGUUAUUUAAAGGAAAUUUAAGCCAUAAUAAUGAAAGGUUCUAAGAAAAUCUGUGAACAAUCUGUGUAUGUAUAUAUGUAUGUCAUAGAUGCACAUAAAAAUACAUACUUACACACAGAGCAAGAGCAAACUCUUAUUUUCCUACUUAGUAUAGGAAAAGGGAAGUUUUCAGGAACUAUCAGCUAAUAAUGUAUAAAAGGCAAUAAGAGAACCGAGAUGAAGUAGGUAGGAGGAAUAUAACAUACAAAUCUUUCCUUAGCAGAUAAAAACCAUUCUAAGAUUAUACCAAUAGUCACAUCACUGCUGAGCUUAUCUUUGCACCCUUAUCAAGAAAGUAAUCAAGAUAUAUAUCUUCUUUGGAAAUAGAAAGGGAUAGGUAGUAAUUUCAUACAUGUACCUUUUUGUUUUGAAGCUAUUUUUAUAUAGUACCUUCUUUGAUCUUGGUAACAGUCAAAAUUAGCCUGAGCUAGGUCGGGCAUAACAUAACUACAACUAUUUUACAGUAUAAGGUUCUGGAAUGGAUUAGGGAUUGUCACAGAGGGAGUUAGUCAUGUUAGGCUUUUCAUAUUUCCUGGCCUACUCUUAAUCAGUUCCUUCACAAAUGUUACUACUGAAAACAAAUAGGAAUCUGAGAGGGGAAAUAGAAGGCUUAUGUUCUAAAGGUGAGAAGCAAAAGUUCAUUCUAGAGUGAAAGUACAUGAAUGACUACUGUAGUGUUAACGGGCAGCUUUUCAUUCUCCCCCCCCCCUUUCACAAACAGGACACACACUCUUACUCUGUACCAAAGAGAACAUUAUGGGAACUUGCUUCCUUCGCUAUUGGGAAUAUAGUGCCAAUUCCACCCUUUUUUCUAUUAUAGUGCUGCCAAAACUAACAGGCAUUGAAUACCCUCCAAACAGACAAAAUGAACAGAAUUUAAUUUCUGACCUCAUUCCCUUUGGUUUAGAUCUUAACAGCAGCUUAAUAAAGAGUUUGAGUUAUACUUUUUAAUCAUUGAAACUCAAAUAUACGGAAUAGGUUAACAAGAAGUAUUAAAAAAUCCUUUAAAAUUGCCUUCCCAAGGUAGUUUAAAGAGGUUGACAGCAAUAAGUUUUAAUAACCUCUAGAAGGCUCUGCAUUGGCAUGCUAGUACAAAAAUGAGGUUGAUAUUUUAUAUCCAUUAUCAACAAAUCAGAAUUUCUGAAUUUCCAGUUCUUGGGUUAAAAUGUCAGUACCACCUACCUUCAGUUUUAAAAGCUGCUAACUAUAACUACCCUCAUUACUGUUCAACAAUCACUGUAUUUUUUCAGACCUCAUCAUGCAUCUGCCUUCCUCAGCAAGAACCCUCAUUUUAUACCAAGAUUUCUCCUUCUCUAAAACAUGGGUUUUCAGGGCUACCCCGGUAGUGCAGUGGGUUGAGUACAGGGCUGUCCGCAGCCUCUGCAGUGCCGAUUUGAUCCCCGGCCAGCCAGGGAGAGACCCACAUGGCAUGGCAAACCUCUUCUGUCGCGCCCGCUGCUCCCCUCAGCAAUCCCCUACCUUUUCAGUCCGUCUGUCUCUGUCUCUGGUGAAUCCUCUCACCCUCCCACGCCUCUGGCCUGUACCCCAGCUCUUGUAUAAAAAUAAAUCUUAAAAAAAUAAAAACAAAACAUGGCUUUUCCACUGACCAUAUCUCCCCAUCAGUCUUUCUCCUUUUAAAUAGAGUAUUUUUAAGAGAUUUGGUGCAAAACUGAACAGAAGUUUUCAGAUACUUCCUGUGUCCAUCUUUCUGUUUAAAUCCCUUUGCCAACUCUAAGAUCUUAUUGAGUGCUUCUGAUACCGACUUAAUUUCUACAUUGGCUUUUUAUAAACAUAAGUCGGUCAAACUUGUUCAGUAGUAACUGGCCCAUUAUAACUAGUAUUAGGCAAGGUUAGUGGGAAAGAAAUCAUUACCAGGUCUUCCAACUUCCAUGUAUACUUUUGUGCUUUUAGUCAAGUUUAACUGUCAUUUAGUAAAUUUUAGACAAGACUUAUGACAUACUUACCAGAAACAGAGCAACUUUUAAUGACUGGGUAAUAGACCUGCUGGUCAAAAUGUUUCAAAUUUUCUGUUUUCAAAAGAACUAAAGGAGGACCUAAUCAUACUAUCAGCUGAUAAUUAAAACUUUUUUUUUUUUUUUGGUGAUCACUAUGUGAUUUCUGUUAAAAAAGCAAGUCAAAAUGUCAAGAUACACUGUCAUGUGCAUAUUCAUGUGAAUAAGGAAUCUCAGUUUACAUCUAUGAAAACGAAUUCAACUGGGGUUGACCGUCUCAUUCUAGCAACAUACAAUAUCUGUGUACAUGAAUUGGGGAGAGGAGCAGAAUAGCCCCAUGCAUUUCAUUCUGAUACACCUCAGUAACAUUCAUUGGUUUACCAUUUAUCCACAUGGAAUAUAUACUUAAUGUCUGCCAAAUGAAUAGCAAUAAUGAACUGUUUAGCCUUAUUGUCUUAUGACAAUUUUAAAAUUUCAUUUUGAAUUAAAUUUUUUGUUGCAGAUUGAUUCCUAGGUAGUUUUUGACCAUAAAUGUUAGAACAAGAUUCUGUGGAGCAAGUAGAAUAAAAAUACAAUUAAGAAUUUGAAAAAAUUUUUUUUAACUCAUGGAUUUUUUAAAUGAAUAGUGGUUGUCAUUUAAUAUUUUUAAAAGUAAUAUUUUGAAGUGCCAACUUUUAUGAUACUUUGGAUGUUAUAACCUUUGCUACUAUUUAUGAUUAAAAUUUUGUUUUAACAAAAUAAUGGGAUAAGGUAUGCAUUUUUGUACAAUACUUUUCAGAAGCAUGUAGGCGUACCAUUACUUCCAGGUUGAGGAAUAGGACCCAAGUAUGUGUAUUUUAGGUAAAGAAGUGAUGCCUUAAAAAGCAGUCAAUCUGGGCCUCCCCGGUGGCGCA